UAUAACAAAUGCAUUCAUGCAUUUGUGAACAAAUAUAACUUUUAGAGACGUGUUAGCUUAAAUUAAAUCCACGCUAACAAUUUUUUCUAUUUAUACACACUUUACAAAUGAUUUGAUUGAGUGCCGUAAUACUGAGAAUAUGUUUCUUAACAAAGUUUUAUUAACGCUUAUAUUUACCGGCAUAACAUCAGCAACAGUCCAUCAACAGGAGCAAAGGUUUUAUAGGGAGGAGCAUUUACAUAAACAAACACGUCGUGCUGCCAUAGAUAAUGAUGCCAACUCAGCCAAAAGAGAUCACACACUAAUCGACAACCACGAAUGUGAGGAUUUGAAAACCCUCUGCACUCAUAUUAAAUCCACCGACAACCUUUCGGUGUUGGAAUGCGUGUCCACUUUUACCUCUUCUCAGCUGGAAGCCUUAUCAGACAAAUGCCAGCAUGCUGUCUGGUACGAAACGAAGGAGAUGCUUAAGGGCAAGUGGAUUGAGGAUAAUCUCUUGAAAAAACCCUGUCUUAAGGACAGAGACAAAUUGGAUUCCUGUUUAAAUGCGGUCGAUAUUUGGUCGUGCAUUAAGGAGCGAGUAGUACAAAGUAUUGAGCAUGGCAGUAAAUGUCGUUCAUAUGUAAAGAGAGCAGUUGCGGUUUUCUUCCCAGAUUAUGAAAACCUGGGGGAUUUCUUUAAUAGCUGUUCCACAGAAUUAGAACAACUUGAAUGUGGUCGUUUGAAUAUUGAACACAAGCCACUAUCACAACUAGAAACGGCGGAAUGUCUCGAGCAGACAGGAGCUGAUGUUUUGGGCCAGCCUUGCAAGGCGGCUAUAGCCCGUAUAGAGCAGCAACAUGAAGAUUUAAGAUUUUUUGAAAUUUGUUCGGAAGACCUGAAACAUUUGUGUCCACAAGAGGUGAGCGGCACGCCGGGAGCUUUCAAGUGUUUGGUGAAAAACAAAGCUAGUCCCAGUCUGACCACACGUUGUGGCGACCAAAUAUCCCAGAGAGAUCGAGAGAUAGCGAAGGACUAUCGUGUUUCACACGGCCUGGCCAAGGCCUGUAAAGAAGAUAUAAAACAACAUCAUUGUCGACGUGGGGUUUCCGAAGACAAACAAGUUCGUUUGGCACAGAUUUUACUUUGUCUUGAAACUGUGGAGAAGAACGGUACCAAGGUCUCACCCGAAUGUCGUACAGAAAUUGAUGAUCAUCGACGUAUGCUCAUGUCCGACGGUCAGUUAUCCCCAGAAAUUUUGAACGAUUGUGCCGAUGACAUACCGAAAUUUUGCAGCAAUGUAGAUAAAUUAUCGAAUAUAGGCAUGGGCCAAGGUACUGGCGGGGAAAUCAUACAUUGUCUCAUGGAGCAUGCACGCAAGCGGCGUAAAGAUAGACGUAUAACAUCCCAGUGUCAACGUUCUUUGGAAGUUUUAAUUAAAGUCUCAGAUGUGGGCGAAGAUUGGCGUGUAGAUCCAGUCUUGCGUCGCAAUUGCAAGCCCGUUGUGGAUGUUGCCUGUAGAGACACUGAUGGUGGAAAUGCUCGCGUUAUGUCAUGUUUAAUGGAACAAUUGGGCACUCCCGCCAUGACGCCUGAAUGUGAACACUCCCUCCUGUUGAUACAAUACUUUGUAGCUAGAAAUUUUAAACUUGAUCCCCAGCUGUACAAACAAUGUCAUGAUGAUGCCAUAAAAUAUUGCCAUGCUAAAAAACAAUGGGAUGAUGUGGCCAAUGUACAAAUGGAUCCAGAACGAGGUCCUUUAAUCUUACCUUGUCUACAUCGUAUGGCUUACAGUGAUGAUGAGCAAAAUACCCUAAGACCAGGUUGCUUUAAAGAAGUCAAAAGGGUAAUGCGUCAACGAGCCGUAUCCGUCGAUUUGAUACCAGAAGUCGAAGAUGCGUGCAUUGAUGAUUUGUCUUAUUACUGUUUUGAUCAUACGGAAAAGGGAGCUGAAAUGGAUUGCCUGCAAGUUAAUUUGGAGAAGUUGCAAAAAUCUUGUAGGGAAGCAGUUUCAGCCUACACCGAAGAAGAAGCCGCCCAUGUCGAAUUAAAUCCCGUCAUAAUGUCCGUCUGCACGGAGGCAAUGAAAACCCAUUGCGAUCAUAUUCUGAAAGGUGGCAAAGAUCGUGGCGAUAUGAUGGAUUGUUUGAUUUCGCACAAAAAUGAUGCAGAUCUUAGACAAGAUCUCAAAUGUCGGGCAGCUAUAGAACAUUUUCAAAUCAUAUCGUUGAAAAACUAUCAUUUUACAUAUAAAUUUAAAGAAGCUUGCCGUCCAUAUGUUGUUCGUUUUUGUUCGGGAAGCACAACGAAAAAUGAUGUAGUCGCCUGUUUAAGUGAGGUUAUGCGUAAUGACACUAUACGAGGCCAACGACCUAGAAUACCCAAGGAAUGCCGUCAACAAGUAAAGGCACAAUUAUAUCAGCAAAGAGAGACAUUGGAACUGGACCCAAAGUUGGGCAAGGCAUGCAAAAAAGAAUUGGAGGAGUUUUGUGCGGACAAAAAAGGCCCGGGACAGGUGAAUAAUAAGAAUGCUUUGGAAUGUCUGGCCUUGAAUACUCCUCGCCUGGGUAGUGAUUGUCAUCAUGCCAUAUUUCUUGUCAAGAAAUCCGAACUUGGAGAUAGUGCCACUGAUUAUACCCUAGUCAAUACUUGCAAAGAAAUGACGUACAAAUAUUGCUCCAAAGAGGAUCCCAUGCGCCUAUUGGAUUGCUUAAAGGUGUACAAAGAUGAUCCAGCCUUUGACCCUCGUUGUCAUUUAGUUGUGGUCAAUCGCAUGAUUGAACAAAAUACCGACUUUCGUUUUAAUCCAACACUGCAGCUACACUGUGGCAAAAAUAUAGAUCGCUAUUGUUCCGGCAUAGUGGCAAAUGCGCAGCCAAAUGAAGAGCUGAAUGGCAAGGUUGUCCAAUGUCUUAAGGAUAAAUUUCGUAAAUCUUUGCUGGACGAAGAAUGCGCACAAGAAAUGGUAAAGAUUUUACAAGAGCAGGCUCUGAAUUAUAAAUUGAAUCCUUUGCUGCAAACUUUUUGUAAACACGAAAUUGCUGUUCUUUGCAAUCCCGAAAAUUAUGUCAAAGAACAUGGCAUGGUAGAAGAGUGUCUCAAAACAGCUUUCCUUAAUGAGAAGAUUGUCAACAGAGAUUGCCGUCUGGAGGUGGCCACCUUAAUAGCCGAGGCCAAAGCUGAUAUACACGUAGAUCCAAUAUUAGAAGAAGCUUGCACAGACGAUUUGUUACGCUAUUGUUCGAAUGUGAAAAAGGGAAAUGGAAGAAAGCUAAAGUGUCUACAGACAAUUCUACAAGACCACUCGAAAGCAAUGGAAGAAGAUUGUCGUCUAAAAUUGCAAAGACGUAUUGAAAUGUUCCGUAAUGCGGAUACGGUUUUAGUGCAACCCCCCGAAAAUAUGGAACAAUUGGUAAAUCAAGUAGUAACCUCACCAGCCAAAAAAUUCUUCAUUGUGAUUCUUAUGACUGCGGUGGGUAUGGUCUUUAUACUGGGCAUCUUCUUUGGACGCGUCACCAAACGUGCAAUGAACACCAAAAAUAAAUAAUAUUUAGCCAAUUAUUUUUAAUUUCUCUGUGACUUAAGCUGUUCUACCUAUACAUAUACGAGUACAUAUUUGUAAUAUUUUAUACCUAGUGAUUCCAUAACAAAAGUUGAAAAGAAACAAUAAUUUCGUCCUUCUCUUUAUUAAACAUAUGUGUAUGUCCUUGUACUAUGUUUAGUUUGUUUGUUUUUUCUUUAAAUUUUCUCCUUUUUAUUUGUCUACCUACAAUACUAAAAAACUAUCGUACAUCCAAAGUAGUAUUUCAUUUUCUUUUUACAUGUGACCUUAAAAUUCUUAUAGACUCUCCAAACAUGCCACUUCCAAUUAAUUUUCAUCAAAUGAAAUAAUUUGUAGACAUACGUAAUUAAGUGUUGGAAUGUUUUAUAAUAUUAACAAACAAAAAUGUGCAUUAACUUUUUCUUAGAACACUAUACGAAAAAAUGAAAGGGAAAUUGUUCACAUGUCAUUAAUGAUAAAGACCAACAACAACGCCCAAAUUAACAUUGCGAAUUAGUGCGAACAUUUUUCUCCUGCAAAACUUGAAAAGCCGCCAUUUACAAAAAUGUUUACCUCACCCUGGCAGCUAAAUCAUUCAUUUGGCACUACAUGCAAGCUUAGAUCUGUGAAGUUUUUGUUAAUAACAUCCACGAGUAAUAUUCUUUUAAGGCUUAAAAAAUACAAAAAAUAUAUAUAUUUACCAUAAAAUAUAAGAAAUAUGUAAAAUACUAAUAGAUAACAAAAAAAAAUAUUUUUUAUAAUACGAAAAUCUUAUAUUAGUCGAAUAAAACGCUUUACAAGCUUAUCAUCCUGAA